AUGAGUGAUGACACAGCUAUUUCUCCGGGCUAUAUCCAGAGAGAUAACCAUCCUGACCUUGCAUUAGGAUCUGUUAGUGAUGAUUUUGAUAUCCCCACAAAAUCUGAUGGUGAAGACUUUCCUAAACUAACACCUCAUGGCAAGCAGAGUCUUAAACGUAGUCAUUACAUUAGUAAACUCAUACCCCAAAAUUAUGAUGAUGUUGAUAAACAAAAGCAUGAAAAAGAAAAUUAUGGUAGUGAUAAUAAAAAACUUACUCGAAGGUUGAAUGACGCUAAAGAUGAUGAUAAACAGAAACGUGCUGAAGAAAGUAAUGAUUAUGGUGAUAAUGAAGAACAAGGUGAAGGACUGAAUGAAGGUGAUAAACAAGAAUUUGAUGAUGAAGAAGAUGGUGGAAGACUGAAUGACGCUAAUGAUGAGCAAGUACUUGAUGACGAAGGAAAUGAUGAUGGUAAUCAGAAACGUGCUAAAGAAAAUAAUGAUUAUGGUAAUAUUGAAGAACAAGGGGAAGAACUGAAUGAGGAUGAUAAGCAACAAUUUGAUGAUGAAGAAGAUGACAGUAUUAAUCAGCAACGUACUGAAGAGAAUCAUGGUGAUAGUGAAAAACCUGAUGUAGGACUGGAUAAUGGUGAUAAUGAAGAACUUGAAGAAAGUGAUGAUGAAGAUAUUGAAAAAAAUAAUCAUGGUGAAGCUAAAAAUCAAGAGAUGAUGGAAUUGGGUGACAUGAAUGACGGUAGCCGAGAAAACUUUGAUAAUAUUGUUAAUGACACAAAGAUGGAUAAGACGCAUCAAAAAACAGAAGAAUUAAAAGAUUCGAUGUUUGACGCGGAGUAUGAUGAAACCGAGGAAAAUGAAGUAAACUUCGUAGAAUACAAGGAUAACUGCCCGAAGGAGUGUCCAGCCCGUCAGGUCAUGGUAUGCGCGCGCUGCCAGCACAAUAUUCACCGUACCUUCCUCAGCAUUUGCCACCUCAGGAUGUUUAACUGUCAGCAUCCUAAUGAGAAGCUGGAACUAGUCAGUCGACAGCCCUGUGUGCAAUCAGCGCCAUUUUUGACUGGCUUUCCUACUGCCAAGGCCAAGAUAUCAGCUCCUGGAGACCAGGACACAGUUUUGAAGUUCAUCCGUUGUAGAGAAAAGGAGAGGUUGGAACGAGAUCCGAGGUGCGCGUUUCGACAAAAAUAA